AUGUCGUGGGAGGGUGACAAUAACGAGCGGGUUCUGGUGCCUGUAGGCAAUGACGCGUGUAGCAAGGACGCGCUGCGGUGGGCCGUGGCGAAUAAGAUCUCGCAUCCUGACGACCUGCUCGUGCUGCUCCACAUCGUCACCAAAGCGCCGGGUCCGGAUGGGUACGACGUGGCGCAGAGCGCGGUGUCAAAGACGGCGAUCGUGCAGCACGUGCGCACCGCCAUCAUGCCCAUGCUCUCGCAGCUUAAAGCCGGCAUUGACGCCAAGGUGCGCCUGGAGCUGCGCGUGGGGCGCAACGACUCGCGGGACGCGGGGAUCAUGGAGGAGGCGAAGAAGCUGCAAGCCACGUGCCUCGUGCUCGGCACCAAGAACCGCGGAAUGUUCACCAUAUACGGCUCGCGGGACGCGGGGAUAAUGGAGGAGGCGAAGAAGCUGCACGCGACGUGCCUCGUUCUCGGCACCAAGGGCCGCGGGAUGUUCACCAUUUGCGGCAAGCUAUCAGGCAGCACGAGCGCCUUCUGUCUCAAGAGCCGCUCCCCUGCUCUCUCCCUCACUAUCAGCCCCCUCCCCUCUUCCUCUCACUUCCUGUCCCCCCUCCCCUCUUCCUCUCACUUCCUGUCCCCCCUCCCCUCUUCCUCUCACUUCCUGUCCCCCCUCCCCUCUUCCUCUCACUUCCUGUCCCCCCUCCCCUCUUCCUCUCACUUCCUGUCCCCCCUCCCCUCUUCCUCUCACUUCCUGUCCCCCCUCCCCUCUUCCUCUCCCUUCCUCUCCCCCCUCCCCUCUUCCUCUCCCUUCCUGUCCCCCCGCCUCUCCCCCCCUCCCAGGCGCGGCAAGCUAUCAGGCAGCACGAGCGCCUACUGUGUGAAGAACCGCCCUCCCUCGCUCUCCGUGAUAGUCGUUUCUAAAGACAAGGUGCUGCUGGUCAAGCAAGGCGACGCCACUCCCCCCGACCGCUCUCCUGCUCUCUCCCUCACCGGCAGCCCCCUCCCUGGCGCCUCCUCCCCUGCCAUCCCCUCCGCUGGGUCCUCCCCCGGGGAGAGCCGCCGGAACAGCGAGAGCCGGAGCGGUGAGGGCCGGUCGGAUGCGGUGCAGGUGGCACAGGAGAGUGACGGCGGUGGGAAAGUCAGUGGGAGUGGGAGUGGGAGUGGUAGUUUUGGCAAGGGGAGUUUCGUGCGUGCUGGUUCGACCCUGUCGGAUCGUUCUGCGGUUUCGGAUGGGAGUAGCAGCAAGGAGACUGGUGAAGAGAGUGGUAGCCAGCAGACGGGUGAGGAGAGGGGAGGGGACAGCAGCAAGCUCUCAGCUGAUGCACUGACUGUGGCAGAUGCUGCUGCCUCAGGGGAGGAGCGGGGCAGCGGGGACGGGCAGGAGGGGAGGGGGAAGCGGACGGGGGAGGAGAGGGGAGUGGAUAGGGAGUUGCAGCAGUUGCGGGAACAGCAGCAGCAGCGGCUGAUGCAGCACCAGCAGCAGCAGCUACAGGCAGCGACCAAGCUGGCUGCUCUUAUGGAGGGCGUCAGUGUGGGGGGGGGCGCAGGGGGAGGGGGAGGAGGGUGGGGAGGGAACGGAUUUGGAGGAGUGGGGAGAGGGGAAGGGGGAGGAGUGAGAGGAGGGGGAGCAGGAGGGGAGGGUGCUGGUGGGGACAACACAGGGGGCAGCGGUGCGUGGAGCGAUGAUCAUGACUCUGCGUCGGCAGUUCAUGCAGUGGCCAGGUCACAGCAGCGCAUGGGCAUGGCGCAUGAGAGCACAGGCAUGGGCAAUGCUGCUAGUGCGGCAGGCACGGGAUUCCAACCAGCCAGCAGCGGUGCCAGCGGUGGUUCUAGCGGUGCCAGCGGAAGCGGUGGCAGCAGUGGUAUCAGCGGUGUGAAUGGGAGCGGGGGCAGUGGCAACAGUGGCGGGUUCAGCCUGGCGAGCAGCACAGGGAGCACGUUCACCAUGGGGAGCAGGAGCGGUGCGAGCAGCAGGGCGGGCAGCGGGGGGGAGCCCACCACCUCUCCCAUCACUGCCGGCACUGGCACAGGCAGCGGCAGUGGGAACGGCGGUGGGAUGGGUGGGGGUGGAGGGAAGGAAGCAGGCAUGGUGGCAGCUGCGUCUGCUGUGGCUGGGGUGAAGGAGGCCGGUGGGGUGGGCGAAAGUGGGGGGGCAGCAGCAGCGGCAGGGGGAGAAGUGCUCAAAGCGUCCAGUGGAGUGUACUGCCGUGUGUACUCUUAUGAGGAGAUUCAGAGAGCAACCGACAAUUUCUGCCCCCAGCUGGUGCUGGGGGAGGGCGGCUGCGGCACCGUCUUUUCUGGGAUGCUGGGCGGCAGCAAGGUGGCAGUGAAGGUGAUAAAGACGGAAGACGCCACCCGGGCUGCCAAGGAAUUUCAGAGAGAGGUGGAGCUACUGAGUCAGAUCAACCACCCACAUGUGCUCUCCCUGCUGGGGUGCUGUCCGUCGCACCACUGCAUAGUGUACGAGUUCAUGGCCAGCGGCACUCUCGAGGAGCGCCUGCUCUGCGCCAACAACUCGCCGCCCCUCCCCUGGUUCGCCCGCCUCCGCAUCGCCGCUGAAAUCGCCUCCGCGCUCCUCGCUUUACACUCUCAGCCAAAACCCAUUAUCCACCUGGACUUAAAGCCCGCGAAUGUGCUUUUAGACGAGCGGCUUGUAGUGAAGCUGGCAGACGUGGGGGUCGCGAGGCAGAUGCCGGGGACCGGUGGUUCGGACCAGGGCUUUAAUGUUACGCACGCGCACACGUCUAUGCCGAUCGGGACCGUUGCUUAUGUCGACCCGGAGUAUCAGCGAACGGGCGAUUUCAGCCCGAAAUCGGAUGUGUACGCCCUCGGGAUUAUCCUGUUUGAUUUGCUGACCGGACGGCAGCCGGCUCUGUAUGAGAGAAUAGAGGAUGCGGUGGAUGAGGGGAAUGAGGUGGCGUUGGGGAAGUUGCUGGAUGGUAAGGCAGGGAAGUGGCCCGUGGGGUUGGCUAUGGAGGUGGCGAGGGUUGCUGUGCGGUGCAGUGAGAUGAAGAGGAAAAAGAGGCCUGAUUUAGGGGAAGUGGUGAUGCCGGUGCUGAUGAAGGCACAAAAGGAGGCGGUGAUUUUGAUGGAGAGGAUGAUGGCUGGAAUGUGA